AUGCCCCCUAAAUCUUAUGAUGGAGGUGAAUCUCCUGUCCCUACUCACCCUUUCUGUGCUGCUCAUGACUUUGUAGAAAACUUGUUUGUCAGGUUCAACUCCAGCCAUGGCUUCCCCGUGGAGGUUGGUUCAGAUUCCAGCAUCCUCCAGCUGAAGGAGGCAGUUGCCCAGCGACAGGGAGUUCCAGCUGACCAGCUGCGGGUGAUUUUUGCAGGGAGGGAGCUCAGCAAUGACUUGACACUGCAGAACUGUGACCUGGCCCAGCAGAGCAUUGUGCAUAUUGUUGAGAGUCCACAGAACAGUCAGAACAAGGAGAAGACAGAAGAUAGCUGUGUUGGUGGUGUUCUAAAAGCCUUGAAAAGAGAACCUGAGAGUUUAACUCGUAUAGAUCUCAGUACCAGCAUCCUCCCAUCAGUCUCUGCAGGGCUGGCAGUUAUUCUGGAUCCUGGUAAAAACAGUGUUUCACUUCCCUCUGAAAAAUCAGGUGCAGCAAGUUACAACAGUUUUUAUGUUUUUUGCAAAAAUUUCUGCCAAGCUGUGAAGCCUGGAAAACUGAGGGUCCGUUGCAGUGUGUGUAAACAAGGAACCCUGACGCUGGCAAGGGGCCCAUCUUGCUGGGAUGACGUGCUGAUUCCCAACAGAAUAGGAGGUGUUUGCCAGUCCCGAGGGUGCACGGGAAACACAGCGGAGUUCUACUUUAAAUGUGGAGCACACCCAACCACUGACAGUGAAACAUCUGUGGCUUUAAACCUCGUUACAACAAACAGCCGCUGUAUCACAUGUAUAACAUGCACAGAUAUUCGGAGUCCUGUGCUUGUGUUCCAAUGUGUGCAUCGCCAUGUCAUUUGUCUGGAUUGCUUCCAUUUAUACUGUGUGACCAUGCUGAAUGACCGCCAGUUCAUCCACGACCCGGAGCUGGGUUAUUCUCUCCCCUGUGUAGCUGGCUGUUCAGAUUCCUUGAUUAAAGAACUUCAUCACUUCAGGAUUCUGGGAGAAGAACAGUACAGCCGCUACCAGCGCUAUGGGGCCGAGGAAUGUGUGCUGCAGAUGGGAGGAGUGCUGUGUCCAACCCCUGGCUGUGGGGCAGGUCUGCUUCCUGAGCCAGGGCUGAGGAGAAUCGUCUGUGAACCAGGCAACGGGAUAGGCUGUGGGUCCGUGUUCUGCCGUGAAUGUAAAGAAGAAUUCCAUGAAGGGGAAUGCAAUUCUCUCCUCAGCCCACAGGGAGCCACAGCUCAGAAGGGGUAUGUAGUUGAUGAACAUGCAGCCAUGCAAGCUCGAUGGGAAGAAGCAUCUAGAGAAACAAUCAAGAAGACAACCAAGCCAUGCCCCAACUGCAAUAUUCCAGUAGAAAAAAAUGGUGGCUGCAUGCACAUGAAAUGUCCUCGCCCUCAGUGCAGAUUUGAGUGGUGCUGGAACUGUGGCCUGGAGUGGAACAGAACCUGCAUGGGAGAUCACUGGUUUGACUAG